GGAUGGGUACAUACAUAUUGAAUAUUGAACCUUUCUAUUAAAAAUGUUAGCAAUUAAGGUCAAUAGGAAUGUUAUAGCAAGAUAUGGGGGUGCAAAGCACACCUCACGAGCAUUGAGCACUGGAAUUAGAUACAUUAGCAACCCACAUACUAGUACUAGUGGUGGCUUAACUGCAAAAAUGACCAAAUUAUCAAUUAAACCAGUCCAUAUUUCAUCAAGAGAGUUACAUUCAUCCUUUCCUAGGAGUCUUCAAAUGUCUAUGAAUAAGGAUGAACAGGAUAAUCGUCCUGCACUUGAAAAAUAUGGUUCGGAUUUAACUCAAAUGGCCAAGGAUGGUAAAUUAGAUCCAGUGAUUGGAAGAGAUGAAGAAAUUCGAAGAACUAUCCAAAUUUUAUCCCGUAGAACUAAGAACAAUCCGGUGUUGAUUGGUAAUGCUGGUACGGGUAAAACGGCAAUUAUGGAAGGAUUGGCUCAACGGAUUCUUAAAGGUGAAGUACCUGAAAGUAUGCGUGAGAAGCAAAUUAUUACUUUAGAUUUAGCUGGUAUUAUUUCAGGAUCCAAAUUUAGAGGUGAUUUUGAAUCGAAAUUAAAGGAAAUUUUAAAGGAAGUUGAAGAAAAAGAGGGUAAAGUUGUAUUAUUCAUUGAUGAAUUACAUUUAUUAAUGGGUCUUGGUAAAGCUGAAGGUUCCAUUGAUGCAUCAAAUAUGCUUAAACCAGCAUUAGCAAGAGGUAAAUUAUCCCUUUGUGGUGCCACUACAAUUGAAGAAUACAGAAAAUACGUAGAGAAAGAUGCGGCUUUGGCAAGAAGAUUUUCCCCAGUCAUGGUUAAUGAACCAACUGUUCAAGAUACAAUUUCGAUUUUACGUGGAUUAAAGGAGAAGUAUGAAGUGCAUCAUGGGGUUAGAAUUGCAGAUGGUGCUUUGGUCACUGCAGCUGUUUAUUCUAAUAGAUACAUUACUGACAGAUUUCUUCCUGAUAAGGCCAUUGACUUGGUUGAUGAAGCAUGUUCCACACUUAGAUUACAACAUGAAUCUAAACCAGAUUCAAUUGCUCAACUUGACAGACUGAUCAUGACCAUUGAAAUUGAACUUGAAUCUUUAAGAAAAGAAGAAGAUCAAUUAUCAAUUGAUAGAAAGAUUAAGCUUGAAAAUGAGUUGACUUACAAAAAGGAAGAACUUAAAGAAUUGACAGAACAAUGGGAAUCGGAAAAGCUGCUGAUCGACAAGAUUAAAGAUGCUAAAACCGAAUUAGAACAAGCUAGGUUUGACUUGGAAGAAAGUCAAAGAGAAGGAAACUACGGAAAAGCAUCUGAACUUCAAUACGCAACGAUUCCACAAUUGGAGCAAACUCUUCAAGAGUUGACUGAAAAACUGCAGAAUCCAACUGAAGAUGGUACACCAACUUCUAAUUCAACGAUGUUGCAUGACUCUGUUACUUCCGAAGAUAUUUCCCAUGUCAUCUCGAAGAUGACAGGUAUCCCAGUCACCAAUCUUAUGAAGGGAGAAAAGGAUAAGCUACUUGGAAUGGAGGCCAUCUUGAAGACGAGAGUGGUUGGUCAAGAUGAAGCUAUCCAUACUGUUGCUGAUGCAGUCAGAUUACAAAGAGCAGGUUUAACGAGUGAGAAGAGACCAAUUGCAUCUUUUAUAUUCCUUGGUCCUACUGGUACAGGUAAGACUGAAUUAACGAAGUCGUUGGCUGAGUUUUUGUUUAAUGAUACAUCCUCAGUUAUCAGAUUUGAUAUGUCAGAAUUCCAAGAAAAGCAUGCAAUUUCUAGAUUAAUCGGUUCUCCGCCAGGUUAUAUUGGUUAUGACGAAAGUGGUGAACUUACUGAAGCAGUUAAGAGAAAACCUUAUUCUGUUAUUUUGUUUGAUGAAUUUGAAAAGGCACAUGCUGAUGUCUCCAAGUUGUUAUUACAAGUCCUUGAUGAAGGUUCCCUUACAGAUUCUCACGGUAAUCAUAUUGAUUUCCGUAACACCAUCAUUGUCUUAACUUCGAACAUUGGUCAAGAAAUUCUUCUUGCUGAUAAAGAGACUAGUGACGAUGGUCACAUCAAUGACAAUACUAAGAAGGAGAUCAAUGAAGUACUUAAGCACUACUAUCCUCCUGAGUUUUUGAAUAGAUUGGAUGAUGUUUUAAUCUUCAAUAGAUUAUCGAAAGAUUCAUUGAAGAAUAUCUUGGAUAUCAGAUUGGGUGAGAUUUCCCUGAGAUUGACCGAUAAGAGAAUCCUGUUACAAAUAACUGAACCGGCAAAGACUUUACUCUGUGACUUGGGAUACGAUCCAGUUUAUGGGGCAAGACCAUUGAACAGAGUUUUACAAAAGCAAGUUCUUAACCCAUUAGCGAUGUUGAUGAUCAAGGGCCAGGUGCUCGAAGGAGAAGUUGUUCAUAUCUCUGUUAAGGACCAUAAAAUCCACGUUAAUCCAAACCAUGAACCCGAUGUUUGAUUUUACAAUAUAUAAAUAUGAUAGAUAUAAUUAC